AUGGCUAGGCCUCUGGAUUUUUCCGGUUUGCCAGCGAAGACGUCGGCUGGUUUCGACUCGGUGAAUUACGGAGUCGCCGUGCAAGGAUUGAGUGAUGAGCAACUGGACCUGCUGAACAAGUGUCGCCAUGAUGGGUCGGCUUUCGGAGAGCCUCCAACAACACCGAAACUGCGCACUGGCCACAUAACGGUUGAGGAGCUGAUUGGAGGAAAGGGGAACGACGCGUCCAACAUCCCAAUCAUGGAGCGCCUGAAGAUCUCGAGACCCGUGAUGCGCAAGGCAGUCUUCGAUGCAGCUGGUGAACACGUUCCACUUGUACCCGGAUUUCCGAUUCCAAUGAGAACUCAAAAUCGUGGUGAUAUGGGUUUGACGUCGACGAUGUUCCGCCCGGAGCUUUUCAAGACGACAAUGGAGGCCUACGGUUCUGCUAAUCAACAACAACAGCAAAGUGGAUCGGAUGUGACGUGUAUGUUACAUCUCUUCAAGGGAGUCUCCUCGGCGAUGAACAAGGGAAGAGGAAAUUUCGACUACGGUGCUGCCGACUACACCUACUCCCCCGAGCCGGACUUGAUCCCAUGGGAAAGCCCCGAGUACAACAGGAUGUCAAUGCGCAACGAGCGAUCAAAACCAAAGUUUCCACAUUCAACGCAGAAAGUUUCUCAAAUGCGUUCCAAUGGACCUCAUCGCGGCGGAUAUGGCGGUCAACACGCGAAUCGUGGCACUUCAUCAAAUAAUGCCUUUGAAUCUCAUUCGGGAACGAAUCAAGGACAGAAUCAGAAGGCAAAAAAGCCUUAUUUCAUGCCGUACUUUUACCCGGACGAUGUCAAGCGUGGACUCGGCGAUCCACAAUCAAAACUCGUUGAGGGUGUGCUUCGUGUGAAUCAAAGAAAUUACGAGGAAAGUUACAUUGACAACCCGGAGGGAGAUUUGGACUUGCUGAUUUUGGGCGUUCAUGAUCGAAACCGUGCCCUGCAUGGUGAUCUCGUUGUUGUGCGAAUAAAAGAACGCGAGAACUGGGUUGUUCUUGAGGGACCGUAUAAGGCUUGGCGCGAAAGUCAUCAAUCAAAAGAAGCAAAUAAAGAAGAGAAGAAAAUUGUUGAGCAGAAUGAGUCCUCAAUGUUUAAUGUUACUGGUUUGUCCGUCUCCGCCUCAAGUCUUACUGAGCCUGUACCAAUUAGCCAAUCAAUGUGCUAUUCGCGCACGAAUCUCAUACGUGUCGCUGUUCAGAUGGAAAUGGCUACACCAAAGCCGACUGACACACAAAAGACGAGGCUUGCACUAAAACCAGAUAUUCAAACAAUGCUGGCCAAUCUUGGGAUCAACAAGAGUGAUGAUGUGGAUUCGGAUCCGACUUCGCUUCGCCGCCUCUCCUCGUCGCAACCUGUCGUCAAGAAGUCACCAAAUGGAACCGGCUCACAGAAUAAACGCUCAUCGAUGAGGACACUCGCUGAUUUGCCGGAGGAUUCAAAGAUUGUUCCCGAUUCGUGCCUACAAAAGACUGCUGAGGUGGUUUUCAUUGCUCAACAGAAGAACUGCCGAACCGCUAUGGGACAAUUGAAGGUAAUGGCCGAUGGGAAUCGCAACUGGGCUCUCUUCAGCCCGACCGAUCCGCGAAUGCCUAGGAUGAUGCUGCCGGCUGACCAACUUCCGGCGAAUUUCUUUGAGCGACCCCAGGAUUAUCAGAAGUUCCUCUUUGUUGCAAAAAUGGUCGAUUGGGCUUCUACUGCACAAUUUGCUCGCGGAAAGCUUGAGCGACAUUUGGGACUUGCUGGUGAUAUUGACACCGAGACGGAGGGUUUGCUGCUUUCAAAUAACAUUGACACAAAGGAGUUCUCACCGCUCGCACUCUCAAGUCUUCCAAUUACUGAAUCAAGUCAAUGGCACAUUGAGGAGAAAGAGUUCAAGUACCGUGUCGAUUUGCGAGAUGAGUUGAUUUUCACGAUAGACCCUGUGACGGCCCGAGAUCUCGAUGAUGCUCUACACAUAAAGCCUUGCGCUGACAUUGACGGAAAAGGAACGCAUGGAUGGGAGAUUGGCGUACACAUCGCAGAUGUGACUCACUUCUUGCUCGAAAAUAGUGAACUGGACAACUGGGCUCGUGAAAGAGCGACAUCAACUUACUUGGUGCACAAAGUGAUCCCAAUGCUUCCGCGAUUACUAUGUGAAGAGCUAUGCUCGUUGAACUCUGGUGUGGAUCGGUUGUGCUUCUCGGUGGUCUGGAAAAUGAGUGAGGAAGGAGAGAUUUUUGACGAGAAGUUUACCCGAACGAUCAUCAGAAGUCGCUGCAAGUUGGCUUAUGAGCACGCGCAAGAGAUGCUCGAGAAUCCGGACAAGGAAUUCGCCCCAGACGAACUACCACCAAUCUCUGAUGGAUGCACUUCAACGGAAAUCUCUACAAAGGUCCAACUUUUGUGGAAUAUGGCAAAGAAGAUUAGGACAAAGCGGCAAGAUAACGGAGCUCUGCGCCUUGAUCAACCAAAGUUGAAGUUCGCCCUUGAUCCAAAUACAAACAUGCCAACCGCUGUAGGAGUCUAUGUGCAAAGGGAUGCCAAUCGGCUUGUCGAGGAGUACAUGCUUUUGGCGAACAUGCGAGUGGCUAAGAAGAUCGAGGAGACUUUCCCGGAAACAUCCGUCCUUCGACGACACCCUCCUCCAAAAGCAAAAGUGCUGGCUGAAGCGGUUGAACUUUGUGAGAAGAUUGGUUUCCCGAUCACUGCCACCACGUCUAAAUUGCUUUCCCAGGGACUGCGACGCUUUGAAGGGAAAAACGAGGUUCAAAGUGCUAUCAACCAAGUGCUUUCAAUGAUGAUGAUGCGCCCGAUGCAACUCGCCCAAUAUUUCUGCACCGGUGCCGUGAAAUCGCAAAGUGAUUACUAUCACUACGCUCUGGCUACACCAUUUUACACGCAUUUCACCUCGCCAAUUCGUCGAUAUCCGGAUGUGAUGGUGCAUCGUUUGUUGUCGGCUGCUUGUGGCUACACUCCGCCACCAACUUUGGCCGAUGUGAAGGAGAUCGCCAAGAUUUGCGGACAUUGCAACGACAAGAAGACGGCUGCGAAGACAGUUUCUGAAGCGAGUGCCGACACGUUCUUUGGUCUAUUCGUUAAGCAUGUUGGAACUUUGGAGGAAAAGGGAGUGGUUGUCGCGGUGCUCGAUGCCUCAUUUGAUGUUCUCGUUUUCAAAUAUGGAGUGGUUAAGCGAGUCUAUGUGAAUCGACUCGAUAUGGCUCGUGACCCGGAAUUCCACGAAAAUGCUGCGCCACCACGUCUCACAUUAUACUGGAAGUCGAAGGAUGGAGUGAAUCCCAUUGUUGUUCAAGAAAUCACCAUUUGCACGGUCGUCGACGUGGUGCUCAGCGCUCUGCCUGAGCCUACCAAAUAUCAGGCCGUGAUCAAGAUGCAACCGACGGCCGAGGCUCCAAAACUCAGCGAUCUUCUCGCGGCCAACGUCGAGAAUUUGGGGACAGACGGUGAAGCUUCGAUCAGCAAUGAAGACAAUGUGCUCGACAUGCGAGCUGAGACGAUCUUCGCCGAUCUGGAU